CGGCGUUUGACCUACACGGUCGCACUCCCGCAGGAGAAAAUGGCGUCGCGGUGUCUGGGGCUACAAGUGCGGCGGUUCAGCACAUCGGUCAUCAGGCCAGCAGCUAGACUUGUCAAGCCGCCCAUCCAGGUCUAUGGCGUGGAAGGCCGCUAUGCCACUGCCCUGUUCUCUGCUGCCAGCAAACAGAAUAAGUUGGAUCAAGUAGAAAAGGAGCUGACACGAGUUUCAGCUCUGAUUAAAGACCCAAAGCUGUCCGGCAUUGUGAUGAACCCUCAUGUCAAGCGCAGCCUCAAACAGAAGACGUUCACCGACACUCUGAGGAAAGAGAAGCUCUCGCCCAUCACCAUCAACCUCAUCAAUGUACUGUCAGAGAAUGGCCGCCUGACACUGACCCCUGAUGUCAUCAGUGCAUUUGGGAAAAUGAUGAGCGCACACCGCGGUGAGGUCAUCUGCUCCGUCACUACUGCACAGCCCCUAGAUGAGGCCAACCUGGCAGAUCUUAAAGGUGCUUUGAAUGGUUUCCUGGCAAAGGGAGAGACACUCAAAUUGGAGACCAAGUCGGACCCUUCCAUCCUGGGCGGGAUGAUCAUUAGCAUCGGCGAUAAGUAUGUUGACAUGUCCACCAAGACCAAGAUCCAGAAACUGACCAAGAUUAUUAGAGACAGUUAGUCAAAACAACCACCCCAGCCUGACACUGUGUUGGAUGUUCCUCUGUUGUGGAUGGUACGGUACAGUCAUGGCUGCUUAACUCCCGUGUUGCUCUGUUCAUAGUAAAAGUAUUCUGUGACAUUCA